UAAGACUGUUCGAAAAGUCGAACUCGUGCUUUCAAACCGGAACCCUUGGCCGCUUGGAUGAAACUCUGAAAGUGCGUUUACUUUUUCGACCACGUUCAGCGGAAGUGCGGUAGUUUCGCCUGUUCUCUUCACGGGUCGUUUCUGGCUGUGUUCGAGAGCAUCAAACCCGCAAUGUAUCAUAGGGACAUUUUGAAUGACUGACUGAUCUACAAAUUAGAACGAGUCAUUAUUCAUGAUGCUCUCGUAAACCGCCGAUUUAAAGCGUGUGUCUUGGCACGUUAUACACCAGUUUCACACUUCAAGUACGACAGACAACUCUUCCAGCAUAAAAACUCUCUCUAAAGAAUCAUGGACUUCGAUUUAGCUGACGCUCUCCCGAGCUCAUGUUCGAGUAUGGAGUUUGAUACCGAAUACUGCCUGCCUGAUGCCAAGAGUGGACCAGAGAUGGAGCGCUGUGGGCUGCAAGCGGGCCUGAGCCUGGACUUGGAGGUUAUCGUACAGCAUCGGGGAGGCAUGAGACAGGUGGCUCACCUGGUGAUUGCGCUGCAUAGGAUGAAAAACCCCUGCCAGAAGUCCGACUCCACACACACUCCCCUGGACAUGGAGUGCACCGACGAGCAGUUUCGCAGCAUCAUCAUGGAUAACCUGGUGGAAGAGUGUGUGAUGGUCUCGAUCCAGGAGCCAAUGGGAGUGGUGACCAAAAAGGGGACCUUCGAGCAGAUUGGCUGUUCCCAGCAGUAUAGCCUGUGUGACCAUCACCAGAAGAGCCUGGUGUACUGCCACAGAACCAUGGAACUGAAGGCCGUCACAAUCCAGGGAGGCAACAACCGGAGAGCGAGGUUCAACCUCUCCAAGUAUAGUAAUGCCAGCACCACCACCACCAAUCAGGCCCUGCCAGUUGUCUUAGGGAUAGACCAAUGGAACCUCUCCUGCUCCAAGCAGACAGACAGCGCAACUCCUGUCCUACAGUUGGAGCGCUGUGAGGACCAGUUAACAACCAUCGGGGCUCAGGAAAAAACGGUUCGCUUCCUCUUCUACAAGAAUACCACUGGCUUCUCCCUGACCACCUUCGAGUCGGCCAUGUACCCUGGCUGGUUCAUCAGCACCUCCCUGGAGCCAAGCCAGCCCAUACAGAUGUGUCAGAAACAGGACGCCAGAAAGCUCAUCAACUUCAUGGUCAAACACUAAACACACACAAUCUGUCCCCCUAGUGUAUGUACCACGUACAACCAGAGAGCGAGUGCGGGGUGAAUCUGGGAAGAUAGACUGACUGAUAUUGUGGAGGAGUUGAAUUGAUAGAGCUCUGCUUUUCUCAAACAGCGUUACAUUGUGUGGUAACUAACUCCUUCCAAUGUUUAUUGAAAGUGGUUUGGUUGUAGUGAGGGGGCUUGACCAGCAGAUGGCACUGUGUUUAUUCUCUCUUCUGCAGUAUUGUGUUUUACCUCAGAAGCGAUCUUUUGUUUCAUUAUUCCAUUGUUGAUACCGGCAGUAUUUCCGUAUUUUGAAGGUUAUAAACUUUAUUGCUGACAUGAAAAUGUUUUUGGGACUAUAUCAAAAAUAGACUAAUGAAACAAAUAGCAAAUGAUAAUUAUUUGGGGGAGUUUUUCUUUUACUCUUUUCAGGGAAGGCCCAGUGAGAACUGAUUGCUCUGUAGGAUAGUAACGGUAUCAAGAAGACAUUGUUUUAGCCACAGAUGUAAAUGUUCAAAGUGUUACAUUUUUUUUAAAAACAAGUAAAUUCAUAUUGAAUUCUUUAUCUUAUGGCUACAGUGCUAAGUAUAAAAUUCAUACAUUACAGUAGAGUAGAAUCGUUAAUACUUUUCUAAGCAGUUCUCAUUUAUUUUCUUCUACUUUCUGUACGGUCUUGGAUACAAGUCAUUUUUGAAAAUGUCUCUACUGACGGAAUUAUCUGCUUCUAACAUUGCAUAUUUGAAGUACUUGUCGACAUUGAAACUGUGCUAUUUAGUUUUUUCUAUAAGAAUGCAAGUCAAUCAUCACUUUUCUAAUAUACGAUUAACUUAGUUUUUAUCUCAUAAGCUAACAUUGUACAUAAACGGCUAACAUCAACUAAUAUGUAACACACAAUGUCUUUUAGCGCCAAUAUUGUUGUUUUUCAAUUCUUCAAAAUGUACAGUACCAUUCAAAAGUUUGGAUUUGAUUUGUUUAACACUUUUCUUUGGUUACGACAUGGUUCCAUGUUAUUUCAUAGUUUUGAUGUCUUCACUCUAUUCUACAUUGUAGAAAUCAAGAAAAACCCUGGAAUUAGUAGAUGGGUCCAAACUUUGGAUGUUUUAUCAUUUCAAUGGUUAUAUGAUGUAUUUUACUGUAUGUUGGAAAUAAAGUGACUCUAUUCAAUGCA